AUGCUACAAAAGUUUAAAGAUUAUCUUAGUCGUUGCUUCUCAAUGAAGGACUUGGGCAAGUUAAAGUAUUUUCUUGGUCUUGAAAUCAGUCGUGGGUCUGAUGGUUUCUUUUUGACACAGCGUAAGUACGCUCUUGAUAUUGUUGCUGACACUGGGGACUUUGGUUCUCGACCUGUUCACACUCCAGUGGAACAAAAUCAUCACCUCGCUACUGACGAUGGUCCUCUACUCUCGAAUCCCAAGUCGUAUCGGCGUUUAGUGGGUCGUUUGCUGUAUUUGUUACAUACUCGACCUGAGUUGAGCUACUCUGUUCAUGUCUUGGCUCAGUUUAUGCAAGAGCNCUAA